AUGAUUCAACCCAACCAAGUCUAUCUGAAAGAGCUAUCAACGAGCUGCGAGCCACAAUUGAUUCAUUCUAGCAUUCAGGAGCAUAUUGCGCGGGCUGAAUUCUCAGUCCACGAUGUCCGCGCCUAA